UUCUUUAACUCCAUGAUGACUUAUGUGGUGAAUAGCAUAUGGGUUUUGUCUGUGAUUCUAUCGUUCUUUACAUUGAUGACAGGGAUUUCGAUUAGAGUCUAUGCUGAACCUCAAGUUCCUUGUUAUUUCAUCUUCGGGGAUUCCCUGGUCGACAAUGGCAACAACAUGGCCCUCCCUACACUGGCAAAGGCACUCACCCUUCCCUAUGGGAUCGAUUUUCCCAGAGGACCAACCGGAAGGUUUACCAAUGGACGAACAGUGGUCGAUGUUGUGUCUCAACUCUUGGGUUUCGAAGAUUUUAUUCCACCCCAUGCAACUACAAGAGGCACAGAUCUACUCAAAGGAGUGAACUAUGGAUCUUCUGCCUCUGGAAUAAGGGACGAUAUCGGCCAAGAAUUUGGUCGUGUGAACGGUUUGGAUAGACAGUUAGAUAAUCACCAGGGUACCGUUUUACAAGUGGUAAGCAUACUUGGGAACCGAGAUAGAGCGGCCAAGCACCUAGGCCAGUGUCUCUACUCGGUGGGAAUGGGUAGUAACGAUUACCUUGGAUACAUGAAUCCUCAAAGGAGAAGCCAAUACGCACCGGAACAAUACGCUGACACUCUUAUGCACCAGUAUUCUAAACAACUAAGGACUUUGUACAGUUACGGAGCAAGGAAGGUGGCCAUAAUGGGAGUUGGUCCAGUGGGUUAUUCCCCAUUUGCAAUUUCUGAAUGUAGUCGUCGCAGUGGUUGGUCAUGCGUGGAGAUGCUCAACAAUGCAGUCCAGCUUUUCAAUGCCAGGGUUAAAGGACUUGUUGAUGACUUCAACAAGAAUCUACCAGGAGCAAGAUUUACCUUCUUGAAUGCAUACCAUAUCCUUGAUGGUGUUUGGAGGAGUUCUUCAUCUUAUGGAUUUAGGGUGACAAGCACAUCAUGCUGUGAGAGGGUACGUGACCAUUCUCAAUAUGCAUGUAUGCCACUUCAAACUCCAUGCAGAAACAGGACCCAUUAUACCUUUUUUGAUGCUUUUCAUCCAACAGAAGCUAUGAAUUUGAUCAUUGGAAGGAAGUAUUACAGUGCCGAAUCUCCCCUUGACGCUUAUCCUGUUGACAUCCGUGGCCUAGUUCAGCUAUAAACUCGAU